GAUGCCCAAAAACCUCCUGUGGGUCCUCCUUGUUUCCAUUGCGCUCGCCCGCGCCGCAACGCCGCCGACAAAACGACACUACAACACCCAUAACUACUAUGUUCUCGAACAUAAGCCCGACACGUAUACGGCCCCGCUGGAGGAUGUGGCACGGUCAUUAGGAGUAGAAGUGGUGGAACGCGCUGGGGAGCUGGAAGAUGUCUGGUUGGUCCGGACGCCGAAACCCCCGGUACGGAUUGUCGAGGGACGGGAAGCCGUGGAGGAGGGAGAUGAGCUAGACCCCAUCCUGUCUGCAUUCGAGAACCUGCAAACGAUUGCGAGCUCGUAUCUGACUGCACGAUCGGAGGAAGGCCUGUAUGCGAGGCAGAUAGUCUCGUCGGUCAAUUUCCUCGAGAAACAGACACUUAGGGAGCUCGUCAAGCGUGCACCACCGCCAAUACGACCGACCAAAACCUCUUCAUCCGGAGUUGCGCAGCGACUAGGAUUGAAGGACCCACUUUUUACGGAGCAAUGGCAUCUGGUCAACGACGAAUAUCCAGAGCAUAUGAUGAACACGACUCCUGUGUGGGAUAUGGGAUUCACAGGCAAGGGCGUGUCGACCUCUUUCCUCGAUGACGGCCUCGACUUUGAGACCGACGACUUGAAAGAUGCUUUGGACGAAAAAAAUUCUUAUGACUUCAACGCACAUGUACCCCUCCCUCGGCCAACCGGCGUCCGGGACCACCACGGCACACGAUGCGCAGGGCAGGUUGUCGCCAGGAGGAACGAAGCCUGCGGUGUUGGUAUCGCUUACGAGGCCAAGGCUGCUGGCGUUCGCAUCCUCGGCGGUCCUAUCGCGACCGUCGACGAAGCCGCCGCUCUCAACUACGGCUACAAGGACGUCUCUAUCUACAGCUGCAGCUGGGGUCCUCGAGAUGACGGCGAGACGAUGGACGCGCCGAGCUAUCUCAUCCGGAAAGCUGUGGUUAACGGCAUCAAUCAUGGGCGGGAUGGCAAAGGCUCUAUUUUCGUGUUUGCGAGUGGUAACGGCGGUCGUUUCGGUGACCAAUGCAACUUCGACGGGUACACGAACAGCAUUUUCUCUGUGACGGUUGGGUCUGUAGACUACAAAGGCCUUCAUCCGAACUACUCGGAAGCCUGCGCCGCGAACAUGAUUGUCGCCUACAGCUCAGGCAAUGGACGGCAUAUGGUUACCACAGACAGAGGAAAGGAAUGCUCUCGGACUCACGGCGGUACUUCGGCUGCUGCACCCAAUGCAGUAGGUGUAUUUACGCUCGCCCUGCAAGCCCGGCCUGAUCUGACGUGGCGAGAUAUCCAACAUCUCUGUGUCAACACCGCGCGUAAGAUCAACCCAGAUGACCCCGACUGGGAACGCACGGCGUCGGGUCGAAUGUUCAGCUACAAAUACGGUUACGGCGCUCUGGAUGCCUAUGCCUUCGUGACUGCCGCCCAGAAGUGGACAAACGUCAAACCGCAAGCCUGGCUUCAUACCGAGACGAUCCGUGUCGGCGACGGCAAGAUGGAGGUCCUCAAGCACAAGAAGUACCGGUAUCAUGGAGGCAUUCCUAUCCCCGCGGACGGCGUCGAGAACAAGAUGACCAUCACGAAGGAGAUGAUGCAGGAGCACAACUUGGAGUCCCUUGAGCACAUCGACGUUAGGGUGUGGAUUAACCACUCGAAGCGUGGUGAUGUGGAAGUUUCGAUUACCAGCCCACACGGCAUUCGCAGUGUUCUUGCUGGUACUCGCGAAUGGGACGAGGCGACUACUGGAUUCCCUGGAUGGCGGUUCAUGACCAUCAAGCACUGGGGUGAAGAUCCUGUCGGAGAAUGGGUGCUCAAAGUCAAUGACCAAAAAGACCCAGAACACAAUGGAACCUUCUUGGGAUGGAACAUGGCUCUGUGGGGCUCUGCCAUCGACCCAAUGAAGGUGAAGAAAUGGGAAGAACCCGUCGUUGACAACGCCCUGCCACCGAACCAAGACCCUGAUAGACCCAUCAUCGGCAACCCCGACUUCACAUCGAUGACCCAGCACGCUAAACCCACCGACCUCCUGCCGACUAGCCACGGCUACGAGACUGGCGAGAACACGAAACCAGCUUUCCCGAGCGAGACCCACAAGCCCAAUCCUUCGGAGAGCGAAGGUGCUGGAGGCGGCUGGACAGGCGACAUGGCGACACUCGUCAGCUCGCAGAAGUGGUUCUUUGCUGGUAUCGGUGCUGUGAUGACCUUUGGCAUUGGCGGUCUUGUCUACUUCUGGCGCCGCCGUGUUGCCCGCCAGAAACUUGCUGCAUACACCUCGCUCGCAGCAGACGAUAUCCACAUGGGUACAAUUGGUGCGGACGGGGUCAACGGCGGCCCACGCACAACGAGGGCGUUGUACGAUUCUUUCGGCGAGCCUACUUCCGGAGACGACCUUCCAGCCCGUUCAGCUGUGCCCGUCAACCCACCCACCGGCCGUGCAUUGGGCUUCCACUCUGGCUUCCUCGACGACGACGAACCCUCUGCUGGUUUGACUCCCAAGUAUCGUGACGAACCCGAGGGACCAGGAGAGCCGGCAACGAGUGCUGAGCGACGAUCGGAUGACCAUGAUUCGCGCAAUGGAAGUCGAGAGCAUCUGACAGGGCCAACGGUAUG